UUUUUAUCACUAACCCAACUUUAUUCACAAAUUGUCAAAAUGUCAACAUUAAAAAAUAUUUGGAAUUGUAUGUUUUCUCCAAAAUUACUCAAAAUUUACGGAAAUGGACCCGUCGAGAGAUUUUACGAGCCACAACCGAUGGAAAGAUUUGGAGAUCAGGUCAUUCAUUCUUUGUAUAUUAUCUGGAAGUUGGGCGUUUACACGUCCCCCUUGUGGGGCAUAAUGCUGUAUAACAAAGGCUACUUUGAAACACAAGGUUUAGCUUUUUUAUCGAAGUUUGUUGCCGGAGUUGGAGUCAUUUUGGUGGUCUCCUUCUGUAUCAGAGGCUUCAGCAGGGCUCAGAAUUCCACCUACCAGAAAUUCCUCGAAGUUCUCCACAGAUCUGAAGCUAAUAUUGCAGAAUCAAAGAAAGAUUUGAUCAAAUACGAUUUUGAUUUCACUGCUUGGCCUGUGGAGUACGAUUUGAGUGAAAUUAUGACUGGAACGAGGAACAAAGUUCACAUUCAACAGCCUGUGUUAUACCAGAACACUUUUCAAUACAUUACCAAUAUACCUUUCCGAAUAAUAGCUUAUUUUGCCAUUCACACUUUCGGUAUUCGUUUAAUUUAUCCAGGAAGUGUAGGACUACUUCAAGCUGUCCUUGAGGCCAGUUUACUACAGGGCAGGUCAAGACUUGUAGACUCAUACAGAGGUGAAAGAUUUAAGCUAAGAACACUAGACGACAAUGAUAUUGACAGUAUGUUUAUUGAUAAAAGAAACACAUCGCACAAUGGUAACACUUUAGUGAUUUGCUGCGAGGGAAAUGCAGGGUUUUAUGAAAUCGGUACUAUGAUCACACCAAUUGAAGCAGGGUACUCAGUGUUGGGAUGGAACCAUCCAGGAUUUGGUGGCAGUACUGGCAUGCCAUAUCCAUCACAAGAACAAAAUGCCAUAGAUACAGUGGUACAGUUUGCUAUAAACAAACUGGGAUUUAAGGUACAAAAUAUAAUAGUUUUUGGUUGGAGUAUCGGGGGAUAUAGUACUUCAUGGGCUGCUAUGAAUUACCCAGAAAUAAAAGGAGUGGUAAUAGAUGCAACAUUUGAUGACAUUUUACCACUGGCUCUGAAUCAUAUGCCAAAAUGGUGGGAGCCUAUAGUUAAAUUGGCUAUUAGAGAGCACGUAAAUCUUAAUGUUUACGAACAGUUAUACAAGUAUCCAGGGCCGAUACAACUAAUUCGACGGACAGAAGAUGAAGUUAUAUGUUUAAAAGAAAAUGAUUUGUUGUCAAACAGAGGCAAUAAUUUACUGGUAAAACUCCUGAAAUACCGAUAUCCCUGUAUAUUUGAGGAGCCUCAAAUUGAACUUUUGAACGAGUAUUUAUCAGUGACCGGAGUCAAACAAGAAAGGAUCCUAGAAAAAUAUAACGUUGAUGAGAAUGUAUCUGUAUCUUUGUUACAGUCUUACAUAUCAGAGUAUUCGAAAUCUUAUCCAAUGAAAGUUGGCGAAGGUUUCGGUAUAAUGGAGAAGUCUCAAAUGGCCUUAUUUUUGGCCAGCAAAUACAUGAAAGAUUUCAAAUCGACCCACUGUGUGAGUUUGCCCAGUGAGAUGUUCACUGUACCGUGGGACAUAAAUAUAGAGUCAGAUUAUGUGUUUACAUAAAAAAAUAAGGUUUUUUAAGGUUUUACGGAUUAUAUAGGAGGUGUCAGUGUUCUAAGUGUUUAUGUAUUUCUAAAUUAUAUUCAGUAAUAAUGUUCGAGACGAUUAUUACGUAAAUUAUUUAAAGACAAAUGCUAACAUAGUAUUAAAAUGAGGGGUGAGUAACGAAAAAAAAGUUUAAAUACACUAUUCGGGCGUUGUUUUUAUAUCAUGAGCGUUUCUGUAUGUUGAUAGAGAAUAUAUUAAUUAAAGAUGCUCUUUAAAUG